AUGGCCGCCUCUGCCUCUUGCAUUUCUCUGGUGGUGCUGCUCGUGGCUCUGGCCACGGCGGCGUCAGGCCAGCUAUCGCCAACGUUCUAUGACACGUCGUGCCCCAGGGCACUGGCCACCAUCAAGAGCGGUGUGGCGGCCGCCGUAAGCAGCGACCCCCGCAUGGGCGCGUCCCUGCUCCGGCUGCACUUCCACGACUGCUUCGUCCAAGGCUGCGACGCGUCUGUUCUGCUGUCUGGCAUGGAACAAAACGCGGGUCCGAACUUUAUGUCGCUGCGAGGCUUCGGCGUCAUCGAUAGCAUCAAGGCUCAGCUCGAGGGUAUAUGCAGCCAGACAGUCUCCUGCGCCGACAUCCUCACUGUCGCGGCCCGUGACACCAUCCUGGGGGGGGGGGCGUCAUGGACAGUCCCUCUGGGGAGAAGGGAUUCCGUAGAUGCAAACGAGGCGGUGGCAAACAUGGACCUCCCAAGCUUUACAUCAAGCCGGUCAGAUCUUGAGACGGCAUUCCUCAACAAGGGGCUCAACACGGUCGACAUGGUGGCCCUCUCGGGCGCGCACACGAUUGGUCAGGCACAGUGUGGGACCUUUAAGGACAGGAUCUACAACGAGACUAACAUCGACACGGCCUUCGCCACAUCUCUCCGGGCCAACUGCCCCAGGUCAAACGGCGACGGCAGCCUGGCGAACCUGGACACGACGACAGCCAACACAUUCGAUAACGCCUACUACACCAACCUCAUGUCACAGAAGGGGCUCCUGCACUCGGACCAGGUGCUAUUCAACAACAACACCACUGACAACACUGUCCGGAACUUCGCGUCGAACCCGGCGGCGUUCAGCAGCGCCUUCACGACCGCCAUGAUCAAGAUGGGCAACAUCGCGCCGAAGACAGGGACGCAGGGGCAGAUCAGGCUGAGCUGCUCCAGGGUGAACUCGUGAUUAGAGCUACUACCUACUAGUCGGCAGCGCUUGCCAGCACGACACGUGAUGGAAUAAGGCCACAGAGAACCAGUGGCCAAUAUAAAUACCAGCUCUUUGAAAACUUGUAUUUUAUGUACGAGCAGCAGCAAAUCAUGCAUGCAUCUACAUAUAUAUGUAACGAUCACAUUUUCACU